AUGGUUGAACCUGUGGGAAACCACUAUGUUGUAGCCAGACCUGUGUACUCGGAGAAUUUAUUCAACGAAGAGCAUGAGAAAUUGCACAGAUACCAUAAAAACUUUUGGGAUCACCUGAAACUGUAUUUUAGCUGCUCCCCACAAAAGGUAAAAAAAAUUGCCUUGCGUUUGUUUCCCAUCGUCUCAUGGCUGCCAGCGUACCGCUUCAGGGAGUGGAUCCUGAGUGACAUCAUCUCCGGCAUCAACACGGGGCUUGUGUCUGUCCUGCAAGGUCUCGCCUUUGCCUUGCUGGUGAAUGUCCCCCCCAGUUAUGGGCUCUACGCAGUAUUUUUCCCUUGCUUGGUCUAUUUUAUCUUUGGCACAUCCAGGCACAUCUCAGUGGGUCCCUUCCCUGUCCUGAGUCUGAUGGUGGGAGGAGUCGUCGUCAGGCUGGUCCCCGAUGACAGUACUGGAAAUGGCACUUCCACGAAUAUCUCUGCAAUAAAUGAAGAGAGGGUGAUGGUGGCUGCAUCUGUAACUUUCCUUUCUGGGGUUUUUCAGCUGCUUCUGGGAAUACUCCAGGUUGGAUUCAUCGUUAUUUAUCUAUCCCAAUCAUUAAUCAGUGGUUUCACAACUGCUGCAGCUGUCCAUGUUUUGGUAUCUCAGCUGAAAUUCAUGCUUCAACUAUCUGUCCCUGGAUUUAAUAAGCCUUUUGGCAUCAUCUAUACUCUGGAGAGCAUUUUCAGCCAGAUCACAAAAACAAACAUCGCUGACCUUGUCACAUCCCUUGUUGUCUUGCUUAUCGUGUUCGUGGUGAAAGAAGUGAAUGAUCGAUACAAAGCAAAGUUACCAACUCCCAUCCCGAUCGAACUCAUUAUGACAGUCUUAGCAGCACUGAUUUCCUAUUUUGUUAACUUUGAAGAAAAAUUUAAUGUUGCUGUUGUCGGAAAACUAGAGGAAGGAUUUCAAGCACCUGUUGCACCUGAUGCAGAUAUCCUCCAAAAGUGUGUUGGCGACAGCAUUUCCAUCGCAAUUGUUGGGUUUGCAGUAGCCUUCUCUGUGGCUAAAGUGUAUUCCAUCAAGCACGACUACCCAAUAGAUGGCAACCAGGAUCUAAUUGCUUUUGGGCUGGGUAACAUAGUUGGUGGAUCAUUCAAAGGAUUUGCCUCCAGCACUGCUCUGUCAAGAUCAGGUGUGCAGGAGAGCACAGGAGGCAAAACACAGAUUGCUGGUAUAAUCUCAGCUGUCAUCGUCUUGAUUGUGAUCUUGGCCAUUGGGUUUCUCCUGGCACCAUUACAGAAGUCAGUCCUUGCAUCUUUGGCUCUUGGCAACUUGAAAGGAAUGCUCAUGCAGUUCAAGGAAAUAGGCAUCCUAUGGAGAAAGGACAAGUAUGACUGUGUUAUAUGGGUGGUGACUUUCUUAGCUGCUGUUUUUCUUGGCCUGGAUAUUGGGCUAGCAACUGCUGUGGCAUUCCAGCUGUUGACCGUGGUGAUCCGCUCCCAGUUUCCAAACUGCACCGUUUUGGCUAAUGUUGGGAGAAGUAACAUCUACAGGAACAGGAAGGAUUACACCGAUAUCUAUGAGCCAGAGGGAGUGAAGAUUUUCAGGUGCUCAUCUCCUAUCUUCUUUGCUAAUAUUGAUUUCUUCAGAGAGAAACUCAUCACUGCUGUUGGCUUCAACCCACUGAGAGUCCUCAGGAAACGCAAUAAAGCUCUGAGGAAGAUCAGAAAGAUGCUGAAGAAAGGAGAGCUGCAAGUGACACCCAAAGGCUUGAUUUGCACGGCUAACCAUACAUAUGAGUCAGAUGAAGAAUUGGACAACAACAGGAUAGAGGAGCUGGACCAGCCCACCAACAUGACAGAUUUGCCUGUUCAGAUCAACUGGGGCGCUGACCUCCCCCCAGGUAUCACUGUGCCCCGGGUUGACAUCCACAGCAUCAUUCUGGAUUUCUCAUCAGUGUCCUUCCUUGAUUUUUCUGCCAUGAGAGUCCUUCAAAAGACUUUGAAAGAAUUCGUCCGGAUCAACAUCGACAUUUACAUUGCAGAGGCGCACGAGGGCUUCCUGGACAAACUGGAGAGAUGUGCAUUUUUUGAUGAGGAGAUUAAACCAUCCAUGUUUUUCCUCACCAUUCAUGAUGCGGUUUUACACAUUUUGAUGAAGAAGGACAUAGCCAGCUCCCCCAAACUAAAACUCACUGAGAAAGGCAGCAGAAACGACUGUAUCAUCCCCAGCAAUGGACUGCGCAGCCAGGAGCCCACGAUUCCAGUAGAAACAAAAUUUUAG